AUGGUUCAAGGUGCAGAGUGGUCGGUGAUCUUGCAUCUAGCCUAUCAGAGCCUAGGAAUUGUGUAUGGGGACAUUGGUACAUCACCUCUAUACGUGUAUUCGAGCACCUUCUCCAAUGGAACUAUCAAGCACAACAAUGACAUUCUUGGUGUUCUAGCGUUGAUCUUCUAUACCCUAACCUUGAUACCUCUUGUGAAGUACGUUUUCAUCGUCUUGCAGGCGAACGAUAACGGCGAUGGUAAGAACUCUCUUUUCAAUGCUUUAUUAUAUGCAUCUUGGUAUUAA